CCGGGCGGGCCCGACCCAGCGGGACCAUGGCCGAGGCGGCCCCGGCUCCGACUUCUGAAUGGGACGCCGAGUGCCUUACAUCCCUGCCGCCCCUUCCUCUUCCUACACCCCCGGCGGCAAAUGAGGCACAUCUGCAGACAGCGGCCAUCUCCUUGUGGACUGUGGUGGCCGCCGUGCAGGCUAUAGAGAGGAAGGUGGAGGUCCACAGCCGGCGGCUGCUACACCUGGAAGGACGGACGGGCACUGCCGAGAAGAAGCUGGCCAGCUGCGAAAAGACAGUGGCCGAUCUCGGGAACCAGCUGGAGGGCAAGUGGGCCGUGCUGGGGACGCUCCUGCAGGAGUACGGGCUGCUGCAGCGCCGGCUGGAGAACAUGGAGAACCUGCUGAGGAACAGGAACUUCUGGAUCCUGCGGCUGCCCCCCGGGAUUAAAGGCGAUAUCCCGAAGGUGCCUGUGACAUUUGAUGAUAUUUCCAUCUACUUUUCCACACCAGAGUGGGAAAAAUUAGAAGAAUGGCAAAAGGAGCUUUACAAGAAUAUCAUGAAGGGCAACUACGAGUCUCUCAUCUCCAUGGAUUAUGCCAUGAAUCAACCUGAUGUCUUAUCCCAGAUUCAGCCUGAAGGAGAACAUAACGCAGAGGAGCAGGCAGCGCCUGAGGAAAGUGAGAUUCCUGCAGACCCCAGUGACGAGCCUGGCAUCUCAACGUCAGAUAUUCUGUCUUGGAUUAAACAAGAGGAAGAGCCUCAGGUUGGGGCCCCACAGGAGUCCAAGGAGAGUGACAUAUACAAAGGCACCUAUGCUGAUGAAGAGCUUGUCGUCAAAGCUGAAGGCCUUGCCAGAGCCUCCUUGUGCCCCGAGGUUCCAGUCACCUUCUCUUCUCCACCAGCACCGGCCGCCAAGGAUACUUUUUCAGACGUGGCGUUCAAAAGCCAGCAGGCUGCCUCGGUGACCCCGUUUGGACACCCGGCCCCUGACCUGGCCGACGCCUCCGAGGGCCAAGUGACUUUCACGCAGCUGGGCAGCUACCCGCUCCCGCCCCCGGCCGGGGAGCAGCUGUUCGCGUGCCACCACUGCGGCAAGAGCCUCAGCCAAGACAUGCUGCUGACCCACCAGUGCGGCCACCCCGCCGAGCACGCCGCGCCCUGCGCCCAGUGCCCCAAGCACGUUCCCCAGCCGGCGGAGCUCGGCAGCACGGCCCACGCCGGCCAGACGCCGCCCACCUGCCCGCACUGCGCCAGGACUUUCACGCACCCGUCCCGGCUCACCUACCACCUGCGCGUCCACAGCAGCACCGAGCGCCCUUUCCCCUGCCCCGACUGCCCCAAGCGCUUUGCGGACCAGGCGCGGCUCACCAGCCACCGGCGCGCGCACGCCAGCGAGAGGCCCUUCCGCUGCGCGCAGUGCGGCCGCAGCUUCAGCCUGAAAAUCAGCCUCUUGCUCCACCAGCGGGGCCACGCGCAGGAGCGGCCCUUCUCCUGCCCGCAGUGUGGCAUCGACUUCAACGGCCACUCGGCCCUGAUUCGCCACCAGAUGAUCCACACCGGCGAGCGCCCCUACCCCUGCACGGACUGCAGCAAGAGCUUCAUCCGCAAGGAGCACCUGCUGAACCACCGGCGCCUGCACACGGGCGAGCGGCCCUUCAGCUGCGCGCACUGCGGCAAGAGCUUCAUCCGCAAGCACCACCUCAUGAAGCACCAGCGCAUCCACACGGGCGAGCGGCCCUACCCCUGCUCCUUCUGCGGCCGGAGCUUCCGCUACAAACAGACGCUCAAGGACCACCUGCGCUCGGGUCACGGCGGCGGCUGUGGGGGUGACCCUGACCCCCCGGCACCACCGCCAGACCCACCAGGUCCCCUCCUCCCUGGGCUCGAAACCUCUGGCCUAGGCGUUAACCCCGACGGCCUAGAGGCCACUCCGUGGUAUGGGGAAGGAAGUGUGGGGGGAGUUUUGUAACUCCUGUUUUUUGUGGUUGCUGGUACUUACUGGCCACCCGGCAAGAGAAAGCCGGGCAGCCCCUCCACCCCACUCCCCCCAGCAGUUACUCCGCAGCUUGAUGACUUGGGGUCUUCUGCACGUGGCUAGAGGUGUGCGGUUUAGGGACUUCAUAUUACAAAACACCAUAUUUUGAGGCCCAGGAAGGCCUGGGAAAGGAGUCCAGUAUCCCCAUGUUUUAAAAAAUAUCACCUAAGCAGAAGUUAUGAGAAUGGUACAGAGGCUGGAAAGCAAGCUCUGGCCUCUGGCAGCCUGUCCCAGGGCAGUAGGUGUGUCAGGAUCCCAGCUCUAGUGCAGGGUUGCAGGGGGAGAGCCUGGAGCUGCCUGUCCAUCUGCAGGCUGCAGAGAGUUGAACUGGGUCCUUUAUUCUUGCGGCUAAGCUGGCCGUUCAAAAGGGCCAGGCCGAAACCCUGCUUCCCUUCGCCCGGUCCAGCUGCGUCUGCCACCUGCUGGUGUCGCUGUCUCUCCGGAAGCCCUGACUCCAGGCCGCCUGCCCAGGCCUCCCAGAUCAGUUCUCACACGUUUUGUUGUAUGUUGGGUGAAGGAGAAAUCUGACUUUAAAAGCUCCUCAAAGAGAACAGUUCUUGGCUUAGUUUGAUUGGAAACAUUCAGACUCUUACUGGCAUUGAAAUUGCUACAAACCUUUGCUGAGGUCCCAGUUAAGAAAUUUGCUAGGAGUGUUAGCCCCGGCUUGAAAAGCUGCAGAUGACAGAUGAUGGCCUAAAAUCUGAGUCUGAGCCUUGAUUCUUAGUCAUUUGCAUCACAUUCUUCCUAAUCUGUGCCAGCCAGUAAGCUGAUACCAGCCUGGUGGCUGGUAUUCUUGACCACGGUCGGCAGAAAAGAUCCCAGCACUUGCCAGGAGCAAUUCAGUUUCCAAAAGUGUGAGUGGACACUAGGCUUUCAUUUCCUCAGCAGUGAGUGUGAUGAGGGUGUCCACCCACCCGGCUCCACGAGCAGGCAGCGUGCAGAGGGAGGGGCUUCCGGCAUGGCUGAGAGCUAAGGCCAAGCGCAGACAAGGACAGCCUGUGGCCGCCAGAUCUUGUUGAGGCCAGUCAGUCACCUGGCCACAUCCAAGCCCAGUCCCACCGAGUGGCUUGCGGCUGGGUAUAAGUCCCUUUUCUCUGCACACCUCAUGUCUCCAUGUCCGAAGUGAGGCUGGUGAAAGGCAUAAAGUGGGCCUCCAGAAAAAAACUGAAAGAAAUCUUGUGAUACGUUUCUUCUCUUGCCAAAAUCCUAUCUUUCUCUGGCUUCUAUCCAGGCAAAGCCAAAUAAAAUGGAAAAAUCAAAGUAGAAACAUUCUUGCUGAAACUUGACUGAAAUCAGUUUGAUUUGUUAUUUUACUCUCGCUGGGAGCCCGAGGUAGGAGAUAGAGAAUACGGAAGUCCUGCGUCUCGGGCAGAGCAGCUGUCGGUGCCUGGAACAAGGUCUGCGGGUGUAGAGAUAGGACACUGUUGAUGAAGUGGCAAGGGAAAGACUCAUUUUCCCCCUUAUCACCUCGCCCAACCUUCCUCCUGCCCCACACUAGGAAAAAGUAUUUCCCCGGCUAGCUUUGCUCCUGGGAAGGCUCUGUCUGAACUUGCUGCUCUUCAGGAUAAUCACAUCUAUAAAGUACCUGGUCUGCAGCAGUCACAAUACCGGGAAUCUUGGGGGGCUGAAGAUGUGUGUGUGAGGCCUAGCCUGCUGUCCUGCCUGCGCUCCGAAGGCAAUGAGGAAAACCGAAGGGUCCAGAAUAACCAAGACAUGAUGAGCAAAAAAUCCUGGCCUGUGAGGACUGGGAACAUGCUGGCUAGAACUUGGACCCAUGCCAGGGGGAAAUUCGAGGGUUCUGGGAAUUCCAAAGCCAGGGCUCCGACAUCUUCAGUGACCCACUAGGAACUUGAGUGUGCGCUCCAGCUGUGGUUGGCACCCCGAUCCCUAACAAGACAGGAGAAGGGCCCAAGUAGUGUGUUUAGGUAGUGAGCUCCCCUCUGUGGGUAGACAUUAAGCACUGGCCGGGGCACGCUGGAAAAGGGUUCCUGCGCCAGGCGUGUGUUGGACUAGACGUCACAGAAAAUUCUAAAGAGAUUGAGAACCAGAGCUUAUUAAUGAGAGACCCGUGGAUGAGAGCGCUGCGGAGAGGCGACACAGUCCCUUGUGCAGGUAACCAGAGCUGCCAGGGGCCCAGGCUUCGGCCAGAAGAGAACCCAGUUCAGAGCCAAUGAGGCGAGAGCCUUGAAACACCGACAGGGAAGGAACAGGGCCUCGCCCACAAUGGGAGUGGGUGUCGUCCAGCCCCCCACCCUGCGGGGGCCAGCGAAACUCUGCUGCUGUGCAUUCCUGUCCUCUCCCCAGCCCUGCCAUGGAGAGCUCUAAGAAGUCUGGGCUUGAAAUCUAAGAGUGGAUGAGUAAAGUGGGUUUGUGGAAAAAAAAGUCCAGCAGAGGUUUCAGUGUGGGGGGGGAGACUUGACCCCCAAGGGCGCCUGAGACACAUGCCUGCUGCUGCAGUGCCCGAGGACUGGUCGGCACCACUGGACAGGGCAGGAGCAGCAGCCCCGGCUCUCCGUCGGCCGCCAUCUGGGCUGCGAGGGCCGCUGUCACCGUUAGAGGAACCUCUGGCUCAGCCGCAGAGGAGAAAGUGAAGUUGAUUGCUCGUCGAGAAAGUGAAAGUGGCCAGUCUUUCCUGUGGGUACUGGGCCUGCCUUCGCGGGGCUCUGGCGGGAGCGGCGUGUUAGGAAACCCGCUGUCGUUGGGAGAGUCCCUGGAGCUCCUGCUGGGCGACUCUGCUGGGCUGCCUCCUGGAGCAUCCUUGGGCGGCUUGUGUGUCCAUGCCUGCCCACCGGGCUGGGCCCUGCGGCUCGCGGGGGAUCACUGAUGUCCGCUGUCUGAGCAAAAGCCAAGGACCCGAGCUCCCGUACCAUUCCAGUGCGACGGAGAACCCACGCUUCUGCUCAGAUUUCCUCUGGAGGGGGGCAGGACGCCCUGUUCACCCCCCUCAGGAACUUCUUGGACAACAAAAUGCUGUGAGGGCCGCUCAGUGGCAAUGGGUAGAAGCAGGUCUUUCCCCUCCAAGGCUCUUGCUGAUGAGGAGCUCAGUUUGUCAGGUUUAUGUUUUCUCUGUGCCCAGUGGGUACCUUUGGCCCUGUUCUCUUGUCUCUGCCUUAUCUGCAGUCCCUCGCCACAGGGUUUGCACGCGGAGGACAUUGACUAGGGAAGUGUCAGGCUCCUACAAGCAGAAGAUACUCCCAUUGGGUCAGGUUGUGGGGGAGCCCGUGGGGAAGGGGGAGCACUCCAGGCCUUCACAUAAAGACACCGUGUGGAUUAGUGGUUUGGAGCAAGCACAGAGCCAGACCUCCAUGCACGUCCUGCAGCAGACGUCACAUCUGCUGUAUUGUGUGACCAUCACAACCUAGUUUCCUUAUCUGCAAAGGAAGGAGAUGAGGAGGGAAAUGUGGAAGGUGCUUAGCGGGGUGCACAGAAGGUGCCCCACGUGGUAGCUGUCAGGAGAGCUCACAGGGCCAGACAGGGCAGUGCUAAAGUGGGCUGGACUUGAAGUGGACAAACAGGCUGCCGUGCGGAAGCCCGCGUUGCGUGAUGUUGGCAUCUGGCUCGCGGUCUCUGCUGGCAUGGAGCCUGCUCCUCUGCUCUCUUCCUCACCUGCUGUGUGUCACGGCGGCACAUGGCUUGGUUCUCUUGGUUUCAGAUUCUAAGGUGUGGGGUCUGGCCCAGCAACUCUUUCUGUACCAGACCACAGGCGUUUCCAGUCAGCCCCUGGACUAGCUCCCCUCGGGUCAGUGCGCAUCUUGGUUCCGCGCCCUGCUCAGGCGCUGUGGGCCGCGGGCUCACUUGGGGCGGGCAGGUGGCAGCACAGGACGGCACAGCUCUUACAGGAUCAGAGAGAAUCUCACCCCGGACGAGGGUCCUUAAAGGACUUCUCCAUCAACACUGUCAGAGACCAGAGCUUACUGUCCCUUGCAUAAAGGACUUGGAACAUGCUGUUUAUGUUCUCGCAAAGGAUUAAUUUGUCACUUUCUAGGGUGUUAUUGCUUCUUUUCUGGUCCUGCUCCAGAAACUCUGGCCACAAUAUAUAUAUAUACACACACACACACACAUACACACCCACAGUGACUUUGAUCUGUUAGAUUGCCUCUUCAAAACAUUUUACCCCCGAAGACCAACCACGUAUUAAAGAUGCAGAUAGAUACAGUCCACUCAGAGAAACCUCAAAAGCUUGUGCUGUGAUGCUCUCAAAAGUUCCCAGGUCACAUUUCAAAUAAAAUUUGAUAAAACUUCACUGGGCUAUG